AGAUCCGACACCCAGAGAUCAACCAAUCAUUCAAUUCCGUAACGCCUCUUGGAUCAGCUAUAAUUUACAGAAUCACAGCUACCUGAGCAUCACCAACAAAUCUGAAAAUCCCAUAAAUUUUAGACAGAAGGAGUAUGCUUUCUGGAUGGAGUACUUCCCUAAAUUAUCUGGACGAGAUCCAAUUUAUGGAGUGACAGUGGCGCCAAUAAUUCAAGAAACUUCAGAAUUUGAAAUGGCAACGUGGUCCUUAACAGCAGGAGUGGCGCUGCUAUCUAUCGUGGUGCUGUCAUGUUGUGUUCUCAUGUGUAAACGAUCACGGACGAAAAACUACUGA